AUGGCUGAAACACGUGCUUCAGGAGUCAAAGUUGACAAUUCUGUGAUUGAGAAAUUUCACGAAUUCAAGAUCAAGAAGAACUGUGGCUAUCUCGUUCUUGGUUUCAGCGAAGAUAUCUCGAAAAUCGUUGUUCUCAAAGAAGGCCAAAAUAAAGCCCCACAAAACGCACCUGCUAAUGACAAAAAUAAGAAAUGGGCAGAAAUGCUGGAGGAAUUGCCAGAAAAUGAUGUACGAUACGCGGUAAUCGAUAUAUUCUACGAGACAAGCGAAGGAUCACGUGCAGAAAUCUAUUUCAUUUCAUGGGCACCGGAUAGCGCGACAAUUAAACGUAUUCGCAAUCACUUACAAGCAACAUGCAAAUCCGAUCUCGAUUUAGCAGCAAUUAUUAGCGAAAAAACCAAAUCCAAGUAG